UGGCACAGGGCGCCGGCGAUUGUUUGCGCGGGGAUGUGCGGUUUUGUUAUUUUUUACUAGAGGACUAGAGUCACCGUUGUGCAUACCAGCGAUGUACAUUUGCACUUUGCAGAGAGCGGUGCAUUACACGGUGGAUGUGAGCAGAAAACCAAUUGCCAUGGGGGACUGGCACGUUUCGUCAAGUUUGUUGAGGAGCUAAAGGAAGCUAGGUCUAACCUGCUUGUCGUCGAUGCCGGUGGAUUUAUACCUGGGAGACUGCUUCAAGUCGAUGGAGGUCGAGAGGCAGUGACCGAAUUGGUCAAGCCGUUGCCGUUUGACGCCAUGGCAUUUGGAGCUUUUGAGUUGAGUGAUGGCAUUGACGCGCUAGCCGAUUAUGUGAAGAUUGUCGGCCAAAAGUUCGUGUGCACAAACCUGGAGUUCUCUAAAUCUUCUGAAAAUGGAAGAUAUCUGGCCAAAAUGUGCCAUAAAACAAUGAUCAAAAUGUACGGAGAGCUCCAGAUUGGUAUCAUUAGCUACAUCAACAAGGAGAGCUUAUCAAAGAGCAUCAAAGGAAUUACAAUACUUGACGAAGUGGAGGCUCUCAACGCCGGGAUAAGUGAACUGGAAUCAAUGUCUGAGGAUAUCUCCAUCAUCCUCGCAUUGGGCUACUCUCACCACGCGCUGGAUAAGCGGAUCCUGGAGAAGGUACCCAAGAUCAACCUCAUCAUCUCCGGCAACUCGUUCGCCAUGUUCUACAACGGCACGCCGCCCAGCGGAGCGCACAAGGAUUUCGACUAUCCGCUCACCAUCCACCAUUCGGAGUCCGGCAACGGCAGCCGGCCCGUCACCAACCAGAUGGUGGUCGGAAACUACUUCCACAUGCUGUACGCCGGCAAGCUGAAGCUGGUGACGACCAACCAGGAGGUGUCGCUGGACACGCAGUCCGAGUCCAACCCCGUCUACAUGCACGGGGAGAAGGACCCGGACACACAGAAGCUGGUCGAAAAGCACUCGCACGCGCUCAGUCUGAUCCUCGGCCAGUCCAUCGGGUUCAACUCGUUCCUGCUGGACGGCAGCCACAGGUGUCGGCACAGCGAGUGCUCCAUGGGCAGCCUGGUCGCCGACGCCAUGGUGGAGGCGGCCCUGCAGUCCGUCGAGGCGCCGCCGCCCGGCGCCUGGACGGUCGCCGCCGUGGCGCUGCUCGACAGCCACCGCGUCUCCUCCAGUCUGGAGCGCGGCGCCGUCUACCGCAUCGACAUGCGGAACGCGCUGCGGAACGACUCCAGCCUGGACGUGCUGCGGCUGACGGGCGCCGAGCUGCGCGGACUGCUGGAGAACAGCACCCGGCGCGUACUGAACGGCUCCACCGGCUUCCUGCAGGUGUCGGGGGUACAGGUGGUCAGCCGGCCGGCCGAGGACGACGGGCCGCCCCAGCUCAACAUCUCCGUGGUGUGCGCCGAGUGUCUGCUGGCGCGCUACGAGCCGCUCAACGACAGCACCGUGUACUCGGCCGUGGUGACCUCCUCGUUCGCGGCGCGUCUGACGGCCCCCGGCGGUCCGCUGACGGCCGCCGUGUCGAACCGCAGCCGCCAGGUGCACGGCUCGCUGCGUCACGCCGCCGCCGACUACAUCAGCAAGCUGUCUCCCGUGUUCAUCCCCACCGGCGACAGGCUGAUGCUGCACCUGCAGACGGGGACGGCGGCGCCGGCGACUGGCACACCCCCGGACGGGUGGCGGCUGGCGGCAGCGGCGGCCGCCGCUCUCCUGGUGGCCAGGGUGGCUGGAGUGGCGUAACGCCUCUGCAAGGUGUUAGUGUUGGAUGUCGGUGUGUUGGGGUGGUUUAGAUUGAAAGGGUUCCCUUCCCGGUUCAGUGAUGUGUUCUGUAAACUGCGCCGAGAUGGAAACGUCAGUAAGGCGUUGUUGGAGCUGUAUGUAUUGUGUUAGUACCGUGUCGUACUCUGUGAAUGCGACCGUUCACCGUUGUCUGUGUCAUGUGCAUGCUAGCGUUAUUACCCCGUUCCGAAAACAUCUAACAUUUUCAUCAGUAAUAUAUUGAUAAACAACUUGAAA